GAGACCGAGCACAACCAAAGCAAAAACGCGCACACAUGAGCAGAGCACAGUAGCCAAGCAACAGCGAGCGAGCCACGGUCACUCCCACCGCCGCUCCCGAUUCCUUCAGCCGCCGGCACCGCUGCCAUCCUCGGCUAGAGCUUCUCCAUCCCCUACCCCUAUAUACCGCGAUCUCCUCCAGAACCACCGGCCAGGACUGCUGCUCCGCUUGCUCGCCCCCGUUGGAGAUCCGCCCGGAGCGACAUUUGUCUUUCUGGGUAAAUCAGUGAUUUGGAAUGUUUUUCCGAGCUGAAGCAGAGAAGUCUUGGAGCUGGGUAAUAAUAAUCUUCUAGGGAUAUGCUCCAACCAAGGGAAGCUGAUGUGCCUGCACUCUUUGUUGUAUUUAUCGUACUUCCGGUGAUAGCAUAUUUUCUUCUUGGGAGAUGGCAUGAUUCUGUAAGUAAGAAAACAAGAGUAGGUGUGCUUGGCCAGAAAGCUGCAGAAGAAGCCUUCAAAGUAGAAACAAUGGCAUGCCCAGAUGUUAUAUUGCCAGGACCGUCUCUGAGACCCAUGCCUUAUUUGAGAUCUGUUCCUUCUUUAAGGUCAGAAUACCACGAGUGUGCUACUUGUCGUGGCCCUGCAAAGACUAGGUGCUCCAGGUGCAAAUCUGUUAGAUACUGCUCUGGAAAGUGUCAAAUUAUACACUGGAGGCAAGGGCAUAAACAAACAUGCCAGCAGUGGCAUGUUAAUGGUGGUAGCAACUCUGGUGGACUAUCUCCGACGGAGAGUUCUGAACAAAUGCCGUUCUUGACUAACCUGAAUUCACCUCUUCCAGGGGGUGACAGUCACCUGCAUGACAUGAAUUUUGACACAGUAUCAGAGCCAUCCUUUGCGACAACUGAUAGCUAUAUUCUUGAUACUGAUCUAUUCCUGACAGACAGAAGCAACAUGAAUGAAUCAAAUCAAAGUCUUCUUUCAAGAGUAAAUAGCGCUUCUGUUGCAUCUUGUGAAAAGAGCAAUUACAGUGUUGAUGAAGAAACCAACUCAUCUGAGAUUUUAUCAGCAAAUAAGGUUUCAAACAACAGUUAUGGUUGUUUGGAUGAAAAGAAUGGCAACCAUGAUUUUACUUAUCCUCUCAAUAAUACGGUACAACAACCCAAUAAUUGUGCUCCUGAAACAACAAAAUGUCCAAAAGCAAGCAUCACAGUUUAUGAACCCGACAUGGGUGUCUAUUUUACUUCUGAUAUGACGAGUUCUUGCGAGGGGCCAUAUUCUUCCGCAACAGAGUCACUACAGAGGAGCAAAUCAUCUGGAAAAUAUAGUGGGCGAGGAAAUGCGAUCUAUAUGAAGCCUCCUUAUCCACCAGGUAAGGUGGCUUCAUCACAAAAAACGCAGGAGGUGUUGGCAUCAUAUCAAUACAAUGUCCAUGAAAAGAACACUUCGUGCAAAAAUGAGCAAAGAUCUGCAAAAUCAAGUGUUUCAACGAACAACAAUUUACAAGGAUGCACUGGAAUCUCAAAAUUAGGAGCAUCCAAGGUUGAAGUCUUGAAGAAGCCCUCAAAAUUUCUCAAAACCAGCCUGGUGGGUUUAAUCAAUGAUAACAAGAGGAGUAAGGUAUUGUUUCACUAUGAAGAUCUUGUUAAGUUCUUCCAGUAUGAAGUACGGGGUAUUUCUCCCAGAGGUCUUUUCAACUGUGGGAACAGCUGCUAUGCUAAUGCUGUUCUACAAUGCCUCAUGUGCACAAAACCCCUGAUGAUCCACCUGCUUCUGAGAUUGCAUUCUAAAGACUGUAAUACUAAGCCCAUAGCAUUUGCCCCUUCCGUACUGUUGUCUGCACAGGGUAAAAGUAAUAAUACAGUUGUCUACUCCUGUCUGUCUCACACUCUUUGUUAUCUUCGUAUAGGUUGCUCAAAGAACUGGUGUCUUAUGUGCGAACUUGAGCAAUAUGCUUCAACUUUACGUGAAAGUGGUGGACCUGUGUCUCCAAGCAGAAUCCUUUCGAAUCUAAGGAACAUUGGAUGUCGCUUGGGUGGUGGAAGUCAGGAAGAUGCUCAUGAAUUUUUAAGGCAUCUUGUGAUGUCUAUGCAAGCAGCGUGCCUGGAUGGACUGGGUGGUGAGAAGCAAGUAGAACAAAGCUUGCAGGAAACUACACUGAUACAACAGAUGUUUGGUGGACGCCUUAAAUCAAAGGUUAAGUGCCUCAGAUGCCAUCAUGAAUCUGAAAGAUACGAGAAUAUAAUGGAUCUUACUUUGGAGAUUCAUGGUUGGGUGGAGUCCUUGCAAGAUGCUUUGACACAGUUCACUGCUCCUGAAGAUUUAGAUGGGGAUAAUAUGUAUAAAUGUGGAAGGUGUUGUGCUUAUGUUAAAGCUAGAAAACAGCUAAGCGUGCAUGAAGUGCCAAACAUAUUAACAGUAGUUUUAAAAAGAUUCCAGACAGGAAAGUAUGGCAAGAUUAACAAAUGUGUCACUUUUCCUGAUAUGUUGGACAUGGUUCCUUUUGUGACUGGGGCUGGUGAUCACCCGCCUCUUUACUUCUUGUAUGCUGUGGUUGUACAUGUGGAUACAGAAAAUGCAUCAUUCUCUGGUCACUACAUAUCGUAUGUCAAAGAUAUGCAGGGAACAUGGUUAAGAAUUGAUGACUCAGAGGUCAAGGCUGUAUCAUUGAAUCAAGUUAUGUCAGAAGGUGCAUAUAUGCUAUUCUACUUGAGAUCUUUUCCUCGCCCUCCGAGGAUAUACAUUGAGAAAGGCCUAUUGCCUGAUCCAUCAUCUUCAUAUCGUCACUCAUCAAAAUCCUCCAAGGGCUCUUCUAAACAAGAGCAGAAGCAGACAGAAUCACUCUUUACUUCUGAUGAUCAAAUCCGUGGUAUUUAUGAUUUUAGACCAGAGGAGGAAGGUUACAGGCAAGAUCAGCAUGCCAAGUUGAGGUCCCAAAAUUUAUAUCACACCGAUGAUGCUUUUGCCGAUUCGGUUAGCACAGACUUCUCGGACGCUACAUCAAGUGAAUGGUCCCUGUUUACCAGCUCUGAUGAAUCUUCGUUUACCACGGAAAGCACUAGAGAUUCAUUCAGUGUUGUGGAUUAUGGUGACAAUGCUGGCCUUGAUCCAAUCACCUCAAUUUUUGGGCCAUAUUAUGCUCCUGACCAUCCUCUUGGCAACUUUGUCUCAUGUACAAGGCUCUCGCCUUCCAAUCCGCAAACAAGGUACUUCCCGGAAAGCAUGGGUUUUGUCUCAGAUUCUUCCUUGCCAACUCACCCCUACGGCAAUGUACAUAGAGGAAGAUAUCCAGACAGGGCUUGCGCGUCUUCAGCCGAACCUCUUGCUUCAGCAAACCAGCGAAGCUUGUAUGGUAGGUAUAACCAUAGUAGAGAUGGUUUUGUUCAAACAUCUGGGUUUUGUCAUAUGUAAUGGUCUACAUCUGAUAGUUUUAGCUGGAGCUGGGCUGAUAUGGUUAGCAGUGCUGUUAAUAUCGCCUCAUGUUCUUUUAUUUCAGAUGAGGCAUAUUUAAUUGUAGCUGCAUAUUCUAGAUGUAGUUCACUCAGUGUAGUGAAGUAACUAGAUCUGUCUAGAUGCCUAGCUUUUGGGUUGACAUGUUAGAACUCAGGGACUGGCUUUGUGAAAGCAAAGAUGGCCAAGCAUUUGUUUA